AUGACUAUUGAAAAACCAAAAAGAUCAGUCGCAUUUAUCUGUUUGGGUAACUUCUGUAGAUCGCCAAUGGCCGAAGCAAUCUUCAAACAUGAAGUCGAAAAGGCUAAUCUAGGAAGUCGCUUUGACAAGAUUGAUUCAUUUGGUACCUCUAAUUACCAUGUGGGAGAAAACCCCGAUCACCGUACGGUAUCCAUUUGUAAGCAACAUGGCGUUAAGAUCAACCAUAAAGGGAAAAAAAUAAAGACCAAACAUUUCGAUGAAUAUGAUUAUAUAAUUGGUAUGGAUGAAUCUAACAUUAAUAACCUAAGAAAAAUACAACCCGAGGGUUCUAGAGCUAAGGUUUGCCUUUUCGGUGAUUGGAACACUAAUGAUGGGACUGUGCAGACCAUUAUAGAAGAUCCUUGGUAUGGUGACAUACAAGAUUUCGAGUACAACUUCAAACAAAUUACCUAUUUCUCCAAGCAGUUUUUAGAAAAGGAGUUAUAA